AUGGCUCCCAUCAACUCUCAACUGCAUCAUACAGUCACUUUCAAUAACAAGGGUUCUCAUAACCCCGCACGCUAUGAGCGUUAUCUCAACCACUUUCGUCACCGCCCUCUCUAUCCAUCAUUCACUGUUCUUCCUUCCUCCUUCCAGAAAUAUGACCUGGAUAUCUCUGGGCUCAUCCAUAAUCUUGGGUGGGAUUCUCUUUUUGAGAAUCGGCGGUUCGGCCAAUGCCCUGAGGCAAUCAGGAUGUUUUACGCCAGUCUGAAGAGAGGUCCUGGUCCGAGUCCCUCAUCUUUUACCAUAGUAGUGUAUCAUCAUGAGAUACUGGUCACCCCUUCCUUGCUAGCUGAAAUCCUAGGGCUUCCCAGUCAAGGAUCCUCUGCUGCCACCAAUGAUGACUUUGCUGAGAUCCUAUUUUACUAUGGGUCUGCUUUGGAAACUCUUACCCUCGACAUCGAUCGUUAUUUCUCUAAUAGGCUUUCAUCAGGGAGGCUUGCAGAUCUGUUCAAAGUAAUGCACUUUUCAUCACUCGCAUCCUACUUCCUCGCAGUGUGUCGAGUACUGAAUUAG